UUUUAAUAAAGUAGUUUAAAUGUAGUUUAUUAGUUUUAUAAACAAAGAAUAUCUUGAGAACAGAACACUUUACUGAAUCAGCUCAGAUGUGCUCAAAAUAUGUGAGCCCUUUAAACUAUACAGACAUCAGCAAGGCAUACACAAAAUAUGUGAGCCCUUUAAACUAUACAGACAUCAGCAAGGCAUACACAAAAUAUGUGAGCCCUUUAAACUAUACAGACAUCAGCAAGGCAUACACAAAAUAUGUGAGCCCUUUAAACUAUACAGACAUCAGCAAGGCAUACACAAAAUAUGUGAGCCCUUUAAACUAUACAGACAUCAGCAAGGCAUACACAAAAUAUGUGAGCCCUUUAAACUAUACAGACAUCAGCAAGGCAUACACAAAAUAUGUGAGCCCUUUAAACUAUACAGACAUCAGAAAGGCAUACACAAAAUAUGUGAGCCCUUUAAACUAUACAGACAUCAGCAAGGCAUACACAAAAUAUGUGAGCCCUUUAAACUAUACAGACAUCAGCAAGGCAUACACAAAAUAUGUGAGCCCUUUAAACUAUACAGACAUCAGCAAGGCAUACACAAAAUAUGUGAGCCCUUUAAACUAUACAGACAUCAGCAAGGCAUACACAAAAUAUGUGAGCCCUUUAAACUACAGACAUCAGCAAGGCAUACAAAUAUUACAUUGUUUCUAUUUUGACAAAAUUGAUGUGAAGUUUUGUCAGCUAUAUUUAAUGUUGGUGUCCGGCCUUUAAUGCUGGUGUCAGGUGAAUCUAAUUCAUUGCUGAUGUCAGUUACAGAAAAUAUCCAUAUCAAGUUUAUCCAGUACAUUUUUAUUUUUUAGCUGACUUCACACAAAUGUGCCUGCGUCUGUUUGUAAAUGACACCAGCUUGUUGCACAUUUUGCACAUGACAUCAGGGGUCAUGUGUGUCUUCAGGCCUGAAUUUGACCCUAGUAGUUUAUAACAGAACUGACACUGGUAGGCUUUAACUCCUUUAUGAAGGAGACCAUGGUUGGCUGCAUCUUUGUCGCUGUCAAUCCUACUAUUGCAGACCUCACAGAAGCGGUUAUGGACAACCAUAGUGUGGUGUUCCAUACAGGCUUUAGAUGGGAAAUCCAGUCCACAACAUGUAUUAAUUGAGGUAUCCAGGGUGAAUAUGUCCCCUUCGUCUCCAGGUAUCUUUGCAGCCAACCCAAGGAGAUUCUUUGGCCUGGACAUAUUUGCUGGCCAAGACGGUCCUUGUUCUGUUGGCAUGUUUGCUGGUCCAGGCUGCAUGUUUGCUGGUCCAGGCUGCAUGUUUGCUGGUCCAAGUAGCAAGUUUGUUGGGCCAAGCUGCAUAUUUGCUGGCUGGGAUGGAUAUUCUGGGUCUGUGAAGUUGAUAUUCAAACCU